AUGAAGUGCGUACUCGCAAAGAGAAACGCGGGACUCACCACGUCCGGAUAUAAGGUCAUCCACUGUUCAGGCUACCUGAGAGCUCGUAGAUUCGGCGAGGCAACAGCACAUCUAGGUUUGAUCGCUGUGGGACACUCACUGCCGCCAUCUGCUGUCACCGAACUCAAACUCCACUCCAACAUGUUCAUGUUCCGAGCAUCGCUGGACAUGAGACUCAUAUUUCUUGACGCUAGAGUGGCUACACUGACAGGAUACGAACCCCAGGAUCUCAUCGAGAAAACGCUCUAUCACUUCAUCCAUGGAACGGAUGUACUUCACAUGAGAUAUUCUCACUGCACGUUAUUAACAAAAGGCCAAGUAACGUCCCGCUACUACCGCUUUCUAACAAAGUCCGGCGGCUGGGUAUGGAUGCAGAGCUAUGCCACCAUAGUACACAACUCGCGGUCAUCCAGACCUCACUGCAUCGUAUCGGUUAACUAUGUACUCAGCGACAUCGAAGAAAAACAUCUGAUACUAAAUAUAGACCAAGGUCCGUUAAAGCUGAACAGCCAUACGGAAGUGCCAACGCCAUCCCACGUUCCCACCACCACCACCACAUCACCACAAAUGCCGCACGUCAGACAUACAGACAACAAGGUCAACCAUAUACAUCUAAACGAAAGCGAUUUCAGCACAGACUCGAGCGGUGGCUACAAUUACCCGGAGUACACGUUACCAGUAAUGCUGCCAUACGAAACACCCGAAGACUACCAACAACAACAAAAUGGCCCCUAUGAACUAUUCUACAACGAAAAUUACACGGAACCGGAAAUUUUACCAAACAAUUACGCUUAUCCCCAAAACCAACGCCCGUUCUCUGCCAGCUCAUCAAGCUGCAGUUCAUUAGAAAGCUCGGAGAUCGCAAAUCAACAAUACAAUUACACCAAUUUGAUCUCUUUUUAUGGACACAACAGUCAAAAUCAAAAUGGUAGACCUUUACAGGGUAAUUUCGGCGGGAACUUUACCAAAAUGGCGCCGAGUCCUACAGUACAAGAAGGCGCGUAUACAAGUGUCAUAGUUGACAAUACUCAACAGUUUCAUCAUCAUGGCGGAGGCGUUAAUGAAUUUGUGCACUGA